CGAGAGUUGGCGCGAGAGAACUUGUUACUCGAAGAAAACGCACAUAUUUUCCCCAUUAUUACUGGUUCUGUAUUUUAUUCAUAAGUAAUUAUGAAUGAUGAAGAUAUUGUGCGCUAUUUUGUGCAAACAGUGAGAGAAGAUGGAAACAUGUCGGAGGCUGUGGCGGCCAUACAGACGUUGGUAGAAUACAUGAAGCUAAACACAGCUGAGACUCUCUCUGGGCUUAGGGACAACUUGAAGCAUGCCAUAGAAAUAGUGAGUAACACAGAGGUUAGACAGACUGCCAUCCUGUCUGGCUGUGAACUAUUCCUGCGAUUCAUCACACUAGCAUCUUUAGAUAGCCCAGAUUUCCAAGAAUGUCGCCAGGUGUUAAUAGAGAGAGGGAACAUGUUCUUGAAAAAAUGCAGAUUUUGUCGCAGGAAGAUCGCCAAACUUGGCCUCCCCUUUAUUAGAGAUGGAGCGACAAUAUUGACCCAUUCGUACUCAAGGGUGGUACUUCAAUUGUUGAAAGAUGCAAUGGAGGCCAAUAGAAGAUUCAGGGUGUUUGUGACCCAGUCAGCACCAGAUAAUGCUGGCAACCGUCUACAUGAUGAGCUCACGAAGCUUGGUGUCCCCUCUACUCUGAUACUGGAUUCUGCAGUUGGUUAUGUGAUGGAAAAAGUUGAUAUGGUCCUAGUAGGAGCAGAGGCAGUUGUAGAAAGUGGAGGCAUUAUAAAUAAAAUUGGCACAUACACAAUGGCAAUAUCAGCCAGGGAGAUGCACAAACCUGUCUAUGUGUUAGCAGAGAGUUUCAAAUUUGCAAGAAUCUAUCCACUAAAUCAACAAGAUGUACCAGACCAGUUCAAGUACCCGAGUAAUGUACUCACUGGCCAAGUGGAUCUGAACUCUGAGCACCCUCUGGUGGACUACACGCCCCCUGCAUACCUUUCCCUUUUAGUCACCGAUCUGGGGGUGCUGACCCCCUCAGCUGUUAGCGAUGAACUUAUCAAACUUUACUGCUAGGUGAAAUAAGUACAUGGACACGGAUUGAAACUCAUCUGCCUGUCUACCAAUGGCAAUUAUUUUUCACUCUGCAAUGGACUUGGAAAAAUUGGGUACUUAGUAUUGGGCAUUGGACUGAAAGUCAAAUUAAAUUGUGGCAAUAAUGUUGUCAACCUUAGUAGUGAACCAUCUCAUCUACAUGGUUGCAUUUAUGAACAAUGAUCUGUGCUAUAAUUACUGUAAAACAUGUCAAGUAGACAACUGUUUAACUUGAACACCUUUGUAUGUGGAGCAUGUCCAGAGACCUUUUGACUUAUAUUAUACAGCCUCUAAGUGGAACAUUUUUUC